UCACGAAAAUGUUGUAAUUUAUUGUUGUUUAUUUUGCUAAAAAUUAAAUUAUGAUUUCAUUUUCAUAAGUUUGUAAGAUGUUUUCAUAGUACACACGUGUAUGUUUAAAAUGGCGAUUAACGUCAGAAGAAUAUUUUUUAAGUAUGCAAAAUGUCUAGCGAUCUCAGUGUUAACUGCAUUUUUUGCUCAAUUAUUUAUAUCCAUAAGCCUUUUCCCCUCUAUCAACGACAACUUACUUAAGAAGAUUGAACAUCCUUCAAGUGUUAAGCAUGGGGGUGGAGAAUCUGCCAGAAAACUUCUCCCAAGCAUGGAAGAUGAUGAAGAUUUUUCCUCUAGAGUGCACGUCCAAAAUAGACCUGUAGUACAACUAAGAGUUGAAGAAUUAGACUUUAUACCGCCUUGUGAAAUCAAAAGCCGAGAAGCAGUAUCAGCUAUUCACAGAGCUAAAACUCAAAAUUGCAAGCAACAGAUAGUAAAUAAAACGUGUAUGAUACAAAAUGGAAACUUUUACCAAGCUAAGUUGCCAAACCUUUGUAAGUCAAAAGAUAAAGUAUAUGGGCGAAAUUUGGGUUGUUAUGCUGACGAAAAGAAGCUAAGACUAUUGUCCAGUUUUUAUGGCAAUUAUGUAAAUACAAAUACACCUGAAUUAUGUCUUGAUAUUUGUGUCCAAGGGGGAUUCCCAUUCGCUGGAGUGCAAUAUGCAUCUGAAUGUUUCUGUGGAGAAAACCCUCCACCAGCAGCUUCUAAACUAACAGAUGGAUUGUGUGAUAUGAAAUGCCCUGGAGAUUUGACAAAGAUGUGUGGAGGUUAUUUCACCAUGAAUAUUUUUGAAACAGGACUAGAGAAAUUUACGCCUCAGACCCCAGCUUCAAGCAGUGAAGAGGGAGGUUCAGUAAGAAUAGUAUUUUUACUUACUUUAAAUGGUAGAGCAUUACGUCAAGUUCACAGAUUAAUCAAUGCUCUUUAUAGAUCUAACCACUAUUUUUAUAUACAUGUUGAUCAAAGACAAGACUAUUUACACCGCAAAUUAGCUUUAUUAGAAGAAAAAUUUGCAAACAUAAAAUUAGCUAGAAAAAGGUAUUCUACAAUAUGGGGUGGAGCAUCACUAUUAAAAAUGCUUAUGGCAUCAAUGCAAGACAUAUUGAGUUUGGGCUGGACUUGGGAUUAUGUUAUCAAUUUAAGUGAAAGUGAUUUUCCAAUAAAGUCAUUAGAAGAGCUAGAGAAAUUUCUUGGUGCUAACAAAAACCUCAAUUUUGUCAAGUCCCAUGGACGUGAAGUGCAACGGUUUGUAAAGAAGCAAGGCCUGGAUAAAACAUUUGUUGAAUGUGAGACACACAUGUGGAGGAUUGGUGAAAGAAAGUUACCUCGAGGUAUUGUUAUAGAUGGAGGCAGUGAUUGGAUUGCACUCUCACCCAAGUUUGUUACUUAUGUUUUAAGUAAGAAAGAUGAGCUUCUGGCGGGACUUGAAGUAAUUUUUGAACACACUCUUUUACCAGCUGAGUCUUUUUUUCAUACUGUCUUACGAAACUCUAUUUUCUGUAAUACUUAUGUUGAUAAUAACCUACAUGUAACAAAUUGGAAAAGGAAGUUAGGAUGCAAGUGCCAGUAUAAACAUGUCGUCGAUUGGUGUGGGUGUUCUCCCAAUGAUUUCAGAACGGAAGACUGGGCUAGAAUACAGAAUACACAAAAUAGACAAUUAUUUUUUGCAAGAAAGUUUGAGCCAAUAAUAAAUCAAGAAAUUAUAACCAGAGUUGAGCAGUAUAUAGGCUUUCAUGACCACUACAAAAUUAAUAACUUGGAAUCUUACUGGCAAAAUUUAUAUGAUGUGGAAGAUCUCACUGCCAGCACUGACGACGUUAUUCUUUCGCACGCGAGAAGCAUUGUCCGCCACAAUGGCAAGAUUCUUGCUAGGGAAGGAUGUAUUGUGCAUUUUAAAGAUAUCUUAGAAAUUAACGUUUAUAAGUAUGCCGAUGUCUACAAGGGAAAUCUCAUUUUGCAUAAGGUCAUUGAUGACAAAGGUUCUGAAUUGUUACUAGAAACAUGGUACAAACCUAAAUCACACUUGGAUUUAAAUUUUAACAAUCAAAACUCUGGAUACAUCAAAAUAUUUAAAGUGAGUUCGGAGUAUGAUCAAAAGGAAAUAACCUUUAGAAAUUUGGGUAACAUAUUAGGCCCACUGACAGAGCCAGUUUUAUUUUAUCAAUUUUCCAUGCAAAUGGACAAAAGCAUAGAAAACUUGACUGUUAUUUGGUUGGACCCAGCCGGUCAUGUUGCUGAUGUGAAUAAUAUAUUUAAGGAUGAAAAUAAUUUAACGAAUUUCAUAAAACCCAACAUAAAGCUUCCGUUGUUGCCUGGAGUUUGGAAAGUUGGAUUGUUUGACCGGACACAUACUGUUGCUUUGACCAAAUUUCUUAUUACACCAUUGGAAUUCUUUUCUGGCAAAGAAGUUUCCCACCAAGAAACAAACUUAAUUCACAGUGGAUCACAAAAUUCAUAUAAAAACAUCAACUUUGUCAAACCAGACAACUUUUUACCUAGUCAAGAUGAACAAAAAAUGUUAGAACAAAUAUCUAAGUCUAAUAUCAAGAGAUUGAAGGAGGAUUUGAUUGAGUGGAUUGAUAAUGUUAGUAUAGAAUUUUAUAGUGUUUUGGGUUCUUGUUUUUCUUACACAAGCGACAUGUUUCAUGAUGAAAAGUUGGUAUGCGGUGGUCACAAGUUUCAUAACUGCAAAUUGAUUGAUUGGAGUUCACUUUCGCCAGAUCCUAAGGGUACUGUAGGCAAAUUAGAUGUAAACACAGGAAGACUUCAGAGAAUAUGACAAAAAAAAUAAUAUUGUUCUCAUUUAUAAGUGGUUAAUAUCAGGUUUACUGUUUACAUAAUAUUAUUUCAACUGUGUGAUGUAACUUUUUAUCUAUAAGUACACAAUAUUAUUACCCCUCCAACAUGUGUAAAUAUACAGUACUUGUUUAUGGAA